UUGCUUGCUCGCUCUCGGCGGCCGCUCUUGCUGCGGCUGCGGCUGGGGCUGGGGGCGGCGGCGGCGGCGGCGGCGGCGGGCGGCGCGGGGCGGUCCGGCGGGUUCAAAGAGGAAAACAUGGCGGAAAACAAAGGCGGCGGCGAGGCUGAGAGCGGCGGCGGGGGCAGCGGCAGCGCGCCGGUAACUGCCGGGGUCGCUGGGCCCGCGGCGCAGGAGGCGGAGCCGCCUCUCGCCGCGGUUCUGGUGGAGGAGGAGGAGGAGGAAGGCGGCAGGGCCGGCGCGGAGAGCGGCGCGGCCGGGCCCGACGACGGGGGGGUGGCCGCGGCCUCCUCGGUCUCGGCCCCGGCUGCUACAGCCCCUGCAACCUCGGUGGGCCCUGGAGUUCCCGGAGGGGCGGUAUCGACGCCGGCCCCAGCUCCAGCCUCGGCUCCCGCUCCGGGUCCCUCGGCGGGGCCGCCGCCUGGACCGCCAGCCUCGCUCCUGGACACCUGCGCGGUGUGUCAGCAGAGCCUGCAGAGCCGGCGUGAGGCGGAGCCCAAGCUGCUGCCCUGUCUUCACUCCUUCUGCCUGCGCUGCCUGCCCGAGCCCGAGCGCCAGCUCAACGUGCCCAUUCCGGGGGGCAGCAACGGCGACAUCCAGCAAGUUGGUGUAAUACGGUGCCCAGUAUGCCGCCAAGAAUGCAGACAGAUAGACCUUGUGGAUAAUUAUUUUGUGAAAGAUACAUCUGAAGCUCCUAGCAGUUCUGACGAGAAAUCAGAACAGGUAUGUACUAGUUGUGAAGACAAUGCAAGUGCAGUUGGAUUUUGUGUGGAAUGUGGAGAGUGGCUAUGUAAGACAUGUAUUGAAGCACAUCAGAGAGUAAAAUUCACUAAAGAUCACCUGAUCAGGAAGAAAGAAGAUGUCUCAGAGUCUGUUGGAGCAUCUGGUCAGCGCCCUGUUUUCUGCCCUGUACACAAACAAGAACAGUUGAAACUUUUCUGUGAAACAUGUGAUAGACUGACGUGUAGAGACUGUCAGCUGUUGGAACACAAAGAACAUAGAUAUCAGUUUUUGGAAGAAGCUUUUCAAAACCAGAAAGGUGCAAUUGAGAAUCUACUGGCUAAACUUCUUGAGAAGAAGAAUUACGUUCAUUUUGCAGCGACUCAGGUGCAGAAUAGGAUAAAAGAAGUAAAUGAGACUAACAAACGAGUAGAACAGGAAAUUAAAGUGGCCAUUUUCACCCUUAUCAAUGAAAUUAAUAAGAAAGGAAAAUCUCUCUUACAGCAGCUAGAGAAUGUUACAAAAGAGAGACAGAUGAAGUUGCUACAGCAGCAGAACGACAUCACAGGCCUUUCCCGGCAGGUGAAGCAUGUAAUGAACUUUACAAACUGGGCUAUUGCGAGUGGCAGCAGCACAGCACUGCUGUACAGCAAGCGACUGAUUACUUUUCAAUUGCGCCAUAUUUUGAAAGCACGGUGUGAUCCUGUCCCUGCUGCUAAUGGAGCAAUACGUUUCCAUUGUGAUCCCACCUUCUGGGCAAAGAAUGUAGUCAAUUUAGGUAAUCUAGUAAUAGAGAGUAAACCAGCUCCUGGUUAUACUCCUAACGUUGUAGUUGGGCAAGUUCCUCCAGGGACAAACCACAUUAGUAAAACCCCUGGACAGAUUAACUUAGCACAGCUUCGACUUCAGCACAUGCAACAGCAAGUGUACGCACAGAAACACCAGCAGCUGCAGCAGAUGAGGAUGCAGCAGCCGCCUGCACCUGUUCCAACGACAACAGCAGCCACACAGCAGCUCCCCAGGCAGGCCGCCCCUCAGAUGUUACAGCAGCAGCCUCCAAGAUUGAUCAGUGUGCAAGCAAUGCAAAGAGGCAACAUGAACUGUGGAGCUUUCCAAGCCCAUCAGAUGAGAUUGGCUCAGAAUGCUGCCCGAAUACCAGGGAUACCCAGGCACAGCGGCCCUCAGUAUUCCAUGAUGCAGCCACACCUCCAAAGACAACACUCAAACCCAGGGCAUGCUGGACCCUUUCCUGUUGUGUCAGUGCACAACAACCCAGUCAAUCCAACCAGCCCUACUACAGCUACAAUGGCAAAUGCAAAUCGAGGUCCCACCAGCCCAUCUGUUACAGCAAUAGAACUAAUUCCCUCAGUUACCAAUCCAGAAAACCUUCCAUCGCUGCCAGAUAUUCCACCCAUACAGUUGGAAGAUGCUGGUUCAAGUAGUUUAGAUAAUCUACUAAGUAGAUACAUCUCAGGCAGUCACCUACCCCCACAGCCCACAAGCACCAUGAAUCCCUCCCCAGGACCCUCUGCCCUGUCUCCAGGAUCAUCAGGUUUAUCCAAUUCUCACACACCUGUGAGACCCCCUAGUACUUCUAGUACUGGUAGUCGAGGCAGCUGUGGGUCGUCAGGAAGAACUGCUGAAAAAACAAGUCUUAGUUUCAAGUCUGAUCAAGUGAAGGUCAAGCAAGAACCUGGCACUGAAGAUGAAAUAUGCAGCUUUUCAGGAGCCGUGAAACAAGAAAAGACAGAGGAUGGCAGGAGGAGUGCCUGCAUGUUGAGUAGUCCUGAGAGUAGCUUGACACCACCUCUCUCUACCAACCUGCAUCUGGAGAGUGAGUUGGAUGCAUUAGCAAGCCUGGAAAACCACGUGAAAACUGAACCUACAGACACGAAUGAAAGCUGCAAACAGUCAGGGCUCAAUAGCCUCGUCAAUGGAAAGUCCCCAAUUCGAAGCCUCAUGCACAGGUCCACAAGGAUUGGAGGAGAUGGCAACAGCAAAGAUGAUGACCCAAAUGAAGACUGGUGUGCUGUCUGCCAAAAUGGAGGGGAUCUCUUGUGCUGUGAAAAGUGUCCAAAGGUCUUUCAUCUAACUUGUCAUGUUCCAACACUUCUUAGCUUUCCAAGUGGAGACUGGAUAUGCACAUUUUGCAGAGAUAUUGGGAAACCAGAAGUUGAAUAUGAUUGUGAUAACUUGCAACAUACUAAGAAGGGGAAAACUGCACAGGGGUUAAGUCCCGUGGACCAAAGGAAAUGUGAACGUCUUCUGCUUUACCUCUAUUGCCAUGAAUUAAGUAUUGAAUUCCAGGAACCAGUUCCUGCUUCGAUACCAAACUACUAUAAAAUUAUAAAGAAACCAAUGGAUUUAUCCACCGUGAAAAAGAAGCUGCAAAAAAAACAUUCCCAACACUACCAAAUCCCAGAUGACUUUGUGGCUGAUGUUCGUUUGAUCUUCAAGAACUGUGAAAGGUUUAAUGAAAUGAUGAAAGUUGUUCAAGUUUAUGCAGAAACACAAGAGAUUAAUUUGAAGGCUGAUUCAGAAGUAGCUCAGGCAGGGAAAGCAGUUGCAUUGUACUUUGAAGAUAAACUCACAGAGAUCUACUCAGACAGGACCUUCGCACCUUUGCCAGAGUUUGAGCAGGAAGAGGAUGAUGGUGAGGUAACUGAGGACUCUGACGAAGACUUUAUACAGCCCCGCAGAAAACGCCUAAAGUCAGAUGAGAGACCAGUACAUAUAAAGUAAAAUGAUAUGAACUUAAAUCAAUUGUUUAAAAAGAAAGAAAGAAAGAAAAGAAAAACUUUUAUUUAAGUGUUGCUGGAAUAUCCUGCCUACAGUGGGCACCUCCUUGAAGAAACUGAUAGCUUUUACACAGUGUUAGAUUGAAAUAAUGGACAGAAAACACAUUCUUGUCAAGAAAAGGGGAGAGGACUCUAUUUGCAACUUUAAAAGUAAAAACAAAAGCAAAAGUGAAGUGAUUUGAAGAUUUCUGUUACUAAAGAGGACUCAUUGUUAGAAUGGGCAGACAUUGACGAUCAUUUGGUGUUGACUGGUGCAGGAUACUGAGUGUUCGAGUACUUGAGGAUCAUGUUGCUUAUUAAAUUAUCUCUUUGGACUAAAGUGCAGUUAUUAAAACAACUUUAUGCCUCCCCCUCCACACACAUACUGGCUUAUUUUCUACUUAAAAAUCAAGUUGUUCAGAUUCCACUUUGAUGUCAGUGCAGAUGUGCCCUACAUCAUGCCAUUAUAUAUUUUUUUUUCUGAUUUUGAUGCUGUUGGGCCUUAGUUUUUAUAUUGGUUUAAAGAACUCAACAGUAGUUUAAUUUUCUAUUCAUAGUUAAGAGUCUAGGAAACACAACCAUUGAUCGUCAUUUAAUCACCUUUAAUGGUCCACUGAAAUAAAUAUAGUAACUUUUCAGUAGCAGAUCAUGUAAUUACAGUAGUCAUUUCCAGAAGACACUUCACAGAAUUGCACUUCGCAAUCAAAUCAUCGGAUCAUACAGUUAUUCCCAUGAAAGGCAGAAUGUUUGAAAAUUGAAAAUAAUGCAGUUUUCUGUACAUUUAACAUUUGUUUGAGAAGGUGACAACUGGCUCUUAUCCAGUCUUCCCUCAUAUCAGUUUUCUGAUAGACCACUAUUGGCAAACAGUAAUCUGUCAACUACCAAAUGUGUAAAAUUUUCUGUAUUUCACUUUGUCUUAUUUGUAAAUAGUGAACUAAAACUUCUGGCAGAUCAGCAACAUUUGCUGAGCCUGUUUUUUAAGCUAAUAUGUAUUCUUACUAAUGUUCCUAUCAAGAAUGGAUUUGUAAUAUAUGCUGUCUAUUUCUAAUGUUCACAUUCAUAUUUUGAGGUUCUAUCUUAUUUUAAUAGAGAACAGACUUCUCAGAAAAUCUUCAAGAAGCAGCUUAUAUUAAAAUAUCAAAAUAUUGAAAUAAACCCGGUGGGGUUAGAUUACUCAUCCGUCCACCAAGUGGGACAUUUGCAUGGACUAGGGGCUUAAAGGACUUAGAAGAGACCUGUAAGUAUAUCCUGAAAAUGAGCCAAUCAAUCCCCACUUGAAUGGUUACUGGAGUAAACCCACCUUUACUACUCUGAUUUCAGCACCCAAGGCAGAUAAACCACCUUGGCUCUGUUUCAUUUUUCUUCUCUUCAUUUGUGAUGCUCAGAUCCAAGAUGUGUGUUCUAGACUGUGCACAGGCUUCUCUUUUGUUGGGUUAAAAAUUUUAGUCCUACUUUUGUAUGGACAUGUUAGAAUGUAAAGUGACCAAAAUAGAAGACUUGCCAUUAGAUAUUUUUCAGAUGUCAGCAGAUUUGUGGCAAAUCAUUUUUGCCUUUUUAAAAAUUCAGCAUAAACAGCUCAGACAGUAGACUACUCAGAAAAAAGUUGACAUAAUUGUCUAAGAGGUAAAUAUUUUUUAGUGCGUAUUGAAUCAAAUAAAGUGCUAUAAAGAAAUUAUUAUACAAAUUUCUUUGGGUUUUUCUUUUAACAAAUGGUGGGGGUAAACAUGAAUAUGAGUCAAGCCUUUUGAUGGUGUGUUGGUUUUAUUAUUGCUGUUGACUUAUUUCAUUCUGUGACUCUCUUUUAGCUUCUUUUUUAGUUUUGUUAUAAGUUAAAACAGUUUGGUAUAUGUUUUAAAGUUCAUCAUUUUUCUCAAAUUUCAAAAUCUUAAGUUUUCUUACAAGAAGGAGAAAAUUGUUUUAAAACGUUUUUUUUUUAUCAGAGCGUGUUUCCUCUUCCCCAGCACAUCAUGAUUUCAGUUUAUCAGGAGACUUACAUAAGGGCACAUUUUUGGAAAGAGAUGCGUAACAGUAUAACUUCACUUUGCCAAGCCAUCAAGUUCUAAUACUUCAUGUUUGCUCUUCAUAUGAAUCCUUUUUAUGCUUCUUAGAUAAUAAGUACUACCAACAGGGUUGGAAAAACAAAAUUCUAAGUAAAUAUUUAUUUCUUGGUAUCUGAGGCCUUAAAAGGUAAGAUGUUCCCUUCAAAACAUUUCCAUGUUAGAUGGAGUUUUUCGGGUUUUUUCUUUUAAUUUAAAAUUGGUUCUUUAAAAGCCACUUAUUGUCAGCAUUUACUAGGCUCCAUUUCUGUUAACAGAAGAUAAUUUAUACUGCUGAAGAAUUACUAUUAAAUUGUAUAACUGUCAACAAACCACCAUUAAAUGAAGAUGUUCACCUUAGAGUUCAUUAAGAUUUUUCUUGCACAUUAAUCAUUGUGUUUAUAAGCCAAUUUGUUUAGCAGUAACUAAAAAAAUACAAAAACUUAAAUUGAUAUUCAGAUAAUCUUAGCAUGUUUUCCUGUUAAUUUGUUUAAAAAAGACAAGAAUCGAGUAUCAAUCCCUGAAAAGCAGUUUGGUUUAAAGGCAGUGUUUUAGAUUUGGAGAUAUUAAAUAUUUCCUUAAAGGCUUACAAAGUUUUCACCAUACUUUAUUGCUUUCAUUUCCCCUCAGAACACUAAGAACAAAGUGUCCCUCAGCGUGUUCCAUUGGCCUAAAUUUUUAUUUUUUAGCAGUUGGCUCAGCUGAUUCACUGAGUGAAGGAAUUGCUUCGGAUUGCUUUGCAAGGUGAAGUGUGUGUGUUCCAAAGUAUGGUUAAAUUGUAGGUCAUGCUCUAUAUAGAAACAUCAACUCGUUACCACGGAGAAAGGUUAAGGCAUUGUAUCCACUGUUGAAGUUAUUCUUUUUUGGAAUCAACAAGGUACCUUCUGACUUCCAUUUCUUAUAAGGGAAUUUUAAACUCUGAUUUUUUGUUGUAACAGUUUUGAGAUUUUCAGUUAAUCCAAAGAAAUAAUGCUUUUAAAUACAAGCAAAGGGUUUAUAGUGUGGAAAUUAUAGAUUUAUUAAUUACCUCAGCAGGUAUCCUGCCAUGUAACUAUUAGUGAUUAGUUUUAAUUAGCCAGUAGAUUUAGGGUUUCUGACUCAGCCCUUGGGCUGUAGCCUACCAUAUGUUAAAUAGUCUCUUAGUAUUCAAAAUGGGAGUAGCUGCUCUCCCUUGGCCUUUUAAGUCCCUUACCCACUCACAUACAACACAUGAAGUAUAAAAAUCUCAUUUCUUGAAGUCAGCACUGCUUAUUUGUGUAUUUAACAUUGGAUCAGUGAGUAGUUUUAUAAAAUCCAUCCACCCCAACUUCUCUGAUUAAAACAAUCAAGUUCUUAAUUCAUCCCAUGAAUUCUUAAUUCAUCCCGUCUAUAUUAAUAGUCUGCUGGAGGUGAUCCAAAGCUUAAGGUAUAUCACAGUGUGAUCACAUACCAGACCUGGAUGCUUUAUUUCCCAUGGUUAUCUCCUCCUCGAUAAAGCAAUAACACUGCUUUAAGUCUGUUGCCUAAUAGCAUGUCAUAAUCCUCCUGGAUGGUGAUUUUAUAGGAAAGUUUGUAUGCAUAUCACCCAGUCUAUCUUUUAAAAAUUAAGAAAUUUAAAUGUAUGCUGGAGCUAAUGACUAUAUUGUGGCAUUUUAUUUUAAAAAUUGGGGAAAGUUGCAUAUUUUUUUAAAAGUAGGCAUUUGAGUAAAAAAAAUUGAAGGUACUUUUUUAAGAAAAAAUUUAUAUGCCACAGUUUAUGUAGACAUUUCAGAUUUCAACACGUACUCUUGGAUAUAAUGGUUUCUUUUACUUGGUCAAAUGCAUGUAUAGCAUUUCUUCCAUCUUAGUUUCUUGUGUUUGCCUUUGUGGUCUUUUAUAUAUUUUUUUAUUGUGUCUGAGAAACAAAAUUAUCUUCAAAAAUUAGUCAAUUUGGAUACAUUUAUUAUAAUCAAACUACAAAAUGUGCAAAAUUACAUUUAGCCCUUUUCUAGCAAGUGAUCUUAAAAGAACAGCAUUUUUAAUUUUGAUUUUUAAAUUCACCAAAUUUGUGUGUGGGAAGGCACUGAAAUGAUUUUGUAAGUGCCACUGCAAUAUUCCCUUUCAAGUGUGGCCUAAAUUUCGGUCUUAAGAACGAAAUGCAUGUCUGCUCCUGGUUUGAGAGAUGUAGGCAUUAACUAUGUUUUAAAUCACAGUGAAAUAUGUAAAUACGCCUAUAAAAAAUUUUGUGCAAUCUGAAAGCCUGUUAAUUUUCUAUGUAGACAUACCUACACACGAAAGGGUUAAAUUCACAGCCUUACUAGUUCCUUGCUUCCAGUAUUUCAGCUCGUCUCCUCCCCUCAUUAUUACCAUUACUACAACUACUAUUAUUUUUGCACAUAGUUAACUAUCCUUCAGUAUGAUUCUGAAAGAAAAAGUGCUGUUUCUGUGGUAUUGUAUUCUCUAAAUAAUCAUAUUUAAUUUUUUAAACAAAGUUACAGUUUCUAAUUGUUCCCUUCCUGUGUUUUUUGCUGGUGUGUAAUAAAAGCAAGCUUUUCCUUUCCUGGUUAUUUAAUGCAUUCGCUGCCUGUAAAUAUUUCUUGUUACAAUGCUCUGGAACGUGUUGUAGAAGUUGUAUUAGAUCAGUUUAAAGCCUUGUUUGAAAGCCACAUUGUUUUGGUUAUUUCUAUUAAAUUAGAAAAUUGAAAACA